AUGACGAAAACUUUGCCUGUGUCGAAGAUGAUAUGGUGUAGAAAGAAAGCUGGCAUGGUUCAACAUAUAAGGAUUGAAUGUGCACUGUUUGGAUUCUAUGUUGAUCGACUGAAUGCAUAUUUGCAAUCCGGUUAUAAUCAAAAUGUGAACAUGAACAAUUUGAAAUACUAUGAAGAGAUGACAAUACUUGUUUCGACUCAUGAUACUGUAGAUAUCGUUAAUGAUUAUGUUUUAUCUUUAAUUCCAGAUGAGGAAAAGAAAUAUAUUAGUUCAGACUUAACUUUCCUUACUGAUGAAAAUUGUGUUGUGCAGGGAGAUUGGAUCACACUUGAAUUUUUGAAUGACAUAAAAUAUUCAGGAAUUUCAAAUCAUCGAUUAAGAUUAAAGAUUGGUGUUCUAGUCAUGCUUUUGAGAAACAUUGAUCAAACUAAUGGACUAAGUAAUGGAACAAGAUUUCUCAUAAAUGAACUCUCUACAAAUAUUAUUGGAGCAACUGUGUUCACGGGAAAAAACAUCGGUGAUAAGAUUUAUAUACCAAGGAUAAAUUUGGUUUCAUCUGAUCCAGCUUUCCCAUUUAAAUUCCAGAGAAGACAAUUUCCAUUGUCGUUGUGUUUUGCAAUUACCAUACAUAAUAGUCAAGGUCAAUCUCUUUCUCAAGUUGGUUUGUAUUUAAAGCGACCUGUAUUUACUCAUGGUCAGUGGCUAUUUCACGAGCAAAUGGUAUGGAAGGAUCAAAAUUUUUUAUUUUAG